GGGCCAAGAGGACCCAGCUCGGCUAGGGCGGCGCCGCUGCCCCGCGCCUGGCGCUCGGAAACCUUGUGCGCGGGGCAGCCCGAGGCGCUGGCUGCGAUCCAGGGAGGGGAGCGGCGGGGGAAGCAGCGCGCAGGGGAGGGCAGAGGCGGAGAGCCACGAGCCCAGGAGCAGAGGCGGGCUCCGCACCGCACCGCGCCCCGCACGCUCGCUGGCUCCCGAGACGCGCGGGCGGCCGCCUGGGCGCACCAGCCGGGUCACCUUGUCCCGGAGGGAAAUGGGUCCUAUGGGGCUCGUGUGACCAGUGAGCACAGCCUGCUAGCCUGACGCCCAGCAGGGAGGGAGUCUACCAUGGAUGGCAUCGUCGAGCAGAAGAGUGUUCUGGUACACAGUAAGAUCAGUGAUGCUGGCAAAAGGAAUGGCUUAAUUAACACCAGAAACUUCAUGGCUGAGAGCAGGGAUGGCCUGGUGUCUGUUUACCCAGCACCUCAGUACCAGAGCCACAGGCUGGUGGCCAGUGCAGCACCAGGAAGCCUGGAAGGAGGCAGGAGUGAGCCAGUGCAGCAGCUGCUGGACCCAAACACGCUGCAGCAGUCCGUGGAGUCCCACUAUCGUCCCAACAUCAUCCUCUACUCAGAUGGUGUGCUCCGCUCCUGGGGGGAUGGCGUGGCCACUGACUGCUGUGAGACCACCUUCAUUGAGGACCGGUCACCCACCAAAGACAGCCUGGAGUACCCCGAUGGGAAAUUCAUCGACCUCUCAGCUGAUGACAUCAAAAUCCACACCCUGUCCUAUGACGUGGAGGAGGAAGAGGAGUUACAGGAGCUGGAGAGUGACUACUCCAGCGACACGGAGAGCGAGGACAACUUCCUCAUGAUGCCCCCGCGGGACCACCUGGGGCUCAGCGUCUUCUCCAUGCUCUGCUGCUUCUGGCCUUUGGGCAUCGCGGCCUUCUACUUGUCCCAUGAGGUACCAGCUUCAUUGUGUGGAGCAGCUACGGGCUCAGGAAUCACAGAGAUUCUCACAAGACCCAUCUUCCUGUCAGCAUCAACAUGAUCCCAAAGGUUGAACAACCUGUCAUUCAGGUGUUCUGGAAUAAAAUACAGAU